AUGCAUUUCUCUUUGCUAGCUUUAACUGCGCCUCUGGCCCUGGCAUCUUCCAUUCCUAGGCACAGGGGCAAUGGCCAGGAGCUCGAUAACAGUGCUGCAGACUUCGAGUGCGACCUUCCCAGCCCUCUCGAACCCUCUGGCGAUGGCCUUCAAUCGGCCCAGAAGCUCUUCGGCUCCAAGGCAGCCUUGACGAAGCAGGUCGAGAGGCAUUCAGCGCUCGUCAAAGUGCCUUCGAUCUGCUACGACGACCUUGGACCCUUCGACGAGGAUCCACGAUGGAAGCCUUUCUACGAGUUUCAUGAUGUGCUGGCCGACACCUUCCCUCUGGUGCAUCAGCACUUUACUCGCGAGAAAAUCAACACAUUCGGCCUGCUUUACACCCUGCACGGCUCAGACCCGUCUCUCAAGCCGCUCAUGCUCACUGCGCACCAGGAUGUGGUCCCGGUAGCAGACGCUUCGACAUGGACACACCCACCCUUCGAUGCAUACUUCGACGGGACCUGGCUCUGGGGCCGCGGGUCCUCUGAUGACAAGAACAGCAUGACAUCGCUGCUUUCCGCUAUUGAAACUCUCCUGGCCCAGGGUUGGUCCCCUAAGCGGACAGUCCUGCUGGCCUUUGGCUUUGAUGAGGAGUGUUCCGGACUCAAGGGCGCGGGCUCCAUCGCUGCACACCUGAAAAGCGUCUGGGGCGAGGACUCGCUCGCCAUCGUCCUUGACGAAGGCGGAAUGGGGCUUCAACAAAUCGACGACGUGCUGUACGCGCUCCCCGCUGUCACCGAGAAGGGCCAUGUGGAUAUCUGGCUUGAGCUGCACGUCCAAGGCGGACACAGCUCCAUUCCAUUCCCGCACACGGGCAUCGGUAUCAUCAGCGAGGCCGUGGUUGCGCUGGAGUCCCAUCCAUACGAGCCUCUGCUUAUCAAGGACUCGCCGAUCUACAACCACUACGUCUGUCAGGCUCGCUACAGCCCCAAGGCCGAGCCCGAGGUCACGAGGCUGCUGGAGAAGGGCGAUCUCAAGACCCUGGCCAAGGAACUGGCGUCCCAGGACAGGCCUACAAACUUCAGACUACAAACCAGCCAGGCCGUGGACUACAUCAGCGGAGGGCAGAAGAUCAACGCCAUGCCCGAGGUCAUCAAGGCGGGCGUCAACUACCGCGUGGCGCCACAAAACUCAAUCGGCGAGAUCAUGCACAACAUCGUCGAGCAUAUAAGCCCCAUCGUGAAGAAGUACAACCUAGCCGUCAAGGCAUUCGAGAAGGACGACGAGUACGCAAGCUACGCGCUCGAGCGAGGCUUGGAGACUGUGAAGCCGGCGUACGACGUCGACUACAACGGCACGCUGAUCCUGACGUCGAGCCAAAAGACCCUCUUGGCGCCAAUCUCGCCCACCGCGGGCGACGCCGUGUGGGACGUCUUCUCGGGCACGAUCCAGCACGCCUUCGCCUUCCCCAGUGGCACCGUCGUCCCUGUUGGCGAGCUCAUGACCGGCAACACCGACACCCGCCACUACCUGAGCCUCACGCCCAACGUCUACCGCUGGACGCCCGUGCGCCAGGGCGGCAAUACGGGCGCGCACACCAUCGACGAGGGCGUCGACAUGAAUGUGCACAUGGAGCUCGUGCGGUUCUAUUAUGACUUUGUGAGGAACUUUGAUGCUUCCGGGGUGGCGAAGAAGGAGGCUGUGUCUGGCGAGGUUGAGUUGUAG